AUGAGCAGUGCCGCAAAUGAGGGAUGUGUUUAUUUGUUCAUUGUCGUUUUGCGAUUAUCUUCGUUUUCAUGUGUUAACUCAUUCAUUCAUUCAUUUACUCGUUCACGCACACGCAGCAGUUAUUCCCUCGACGAGCGUUCACUUGUAUCAUAUAGCAUAGUUUACGUAGCAAUGAAUAAAAGCAGCAAGGCAUUUCAGGUACCGAAUAAGGUCAUCACCAAGGAGGAUAUUACUCCCUUGUCCAGAUCGCACACAAAGAAAGCGGACACUCGCGGGACAGCAGAUGGUAAAAACACCACAGCCAGUGCAGUCGAGGCCACCCCAAUCAUCAUCACCACUGCUCGUUCGAUAGAUACUGCCGGUUCACUAUCUGAGAACGCCACCGAGGACGAUGGCACCCAAAACGGAGAUUUACACGAUGAUGACGAUGAUGACGACCUCGAAAGUACGCUCGGCUAUAGUUCUGAGCCUGAUCCUCUCUUCUCCCCAUGCCACCAGCCUUCCUUCACCAACAGCACAUUUAGUUACAGUGCGGACAAUGAACUACCCAUGGAGGAAAAUCACAACAAGAAUAAUUUCCACGAUAGCAGCGAGAGCAGUAUCUUUCUACCACAGAUACAGCAAUCAUUCUUUUUCGGCGACAAUAGCAAGAGUGACGCAAAUAAUACGGACUUCUGGAAGGAAGUAAAUGGCACUGCAGAAGAGGCCAUUUGCCUGCAGGAGACAAGACAAAGAAAAUGCUCCCUCGUGGCUCUGCAUCCAGGCGACGCCACCACGAGUUCGAACGACACAUUGGGAAUAGAGGACUUCAUCAAAGAUGAUAUCAACAGUGCUGAAGCCAUGGAACCCUCCCCAUCUUCAUCACCAUCUUCCUCCCUUCUUGAUAAUUUGGACUACAAUAUCAAGUUAUUGUGCUACAGAGACAAUGAGGGCAAGUUCACCUUGAAAAAAAGGAAGUUUUUGAAGAAUUCCCUGCGCUCAUCCUCUGCAAUUUCUAAAAAGUGGAAACCCUUGUCUAAAAGAGAUAAGCUGUUGAAGAGGGCCAUAAGAAGAAAGAGUGGUGUUUGCCAGACGUUAUCAGCUGGUUUUGGUAUCGGUGAAUUCAUGUUGUAA